AUGCAUUUGCCACAGAGCUGGGUUUCUGGAUUGGCCAAGCUUUGUUGAAAAUAAGAUGAGUGCUGCUGAAAAGCCCGUGCCCAUUCAGGCUAACCAGCUCUACCGUUAUCAGAAAACUGCACGACCAAACGGGAAACUCGUAAAAAUACUCAGCACCAAACAUCUGCAUACUGAAUGCUUUUAUAUGUGCGUAAAAACGCUCUCAGAGAUUUUGGACUCGCUAAAUUUUCUGGACGACGAAACUCACUUCUAAAUCUUCCUUACCUUGUCAAUUUCCAAAUCCUAAAUCAAGUCGGAAAAACUGUUACGGUAAUGGAGGGUAGCCCUGCUUUACACCGGGUUUAUAAGCCCGGAGACAUCAUGAUCGAGGAGGAGCCCUACGCCUGCGCCGUUGACACGCAGUACUUAGCAUCCGUAUGCAGCUAUUGCAUCCGUCGAGAGUCCAGCGUACGAUGUCCUUUGUGUAAUAGUCUCAGUUACUGCAGCAUCGAGUGCAAGAAUAAGGAUGUUUUGUAUCAUAACCUCGAAUGCAAAGUGCUGCAAGCGGUACGUGCCGCAGGAGGUCAUUCAAUUGACGGCGAGAUGCGCUUAGUUGUUCGUGCCCUGGACCGCUCAAUCCGCGAACGUGACUCCAAAAAAUUGUCUGUGGGUGACUACUUUGGUCAUAAGCGUACCUUUGAUGAUUUGAUGCAACAUUUAGAUAAACUUUCGCCGAACGAGCUAACGAACUCGAAAGGAUUAUCGCAUACCCUCUUUCUUCUAACAAAAGAUCAUGUCCAAACGACACCCGAGGAAAUUUUGACCAUUAUGGAUAAGUGCCGAAUCAACUGUCACGCUCUUGUUGAUCACAACUCACCCCAUGCGUUCGUUCGGGGUCGCGUCGUCUAUUUGGGAGUGUCGAAGAUGAAUCAUUCCUGUGUGGAUGUCAGCUAUGUCCAGGUGUUCGACGGACGCAAGUAUACGCUACGGGCUCUCACUGAAAUUGAAGUGACUAAUCCGUUGAGUUUAACUAUUCACUAUGUGCCACCCACUUUACCGUUUAAAACCCGCCGGCGACGCCUACUUAAAAAUUAUCACUUCGUCUGCGAGUGUCCGAAAUGCAAGCUGCAAAAUCAGCAACCGAAUGUACCUGAAGCUGACGAGCGACUGGUAACUCGAAUUGAAGCCGCGUUCCAGAAUCGAUAUCCAUAUUCCAGAUGGUACACGAUGGGGCACGAGUUUCUCAAUUUAUUGAAGGCCCUUCCCGAGACGAAUUUCUACGUGAACUGGGUAUUAAGCCAAAUGCAGUGGUCUUGCAAGGAGCUGGGUCACCACGAAGAGAGCAUAUUUUAUGGAACACGCGCCUUGCUUGGUUCCAUCUCUGUACUAUCCUUGGAGCGCAUCUUCUACACCAUGUGCGAAUCAAUGGUUAUGCUGGGCUGGACCCAACCUGAACAUAAAAAUCAUACAACUUUUUUAACAACACGUCAGUUUACCAAAGAAUUAUACAAGCUCACUCAUGGUAUGAACCAUAGUAUUAUGCGAUCGCUUGACAUCAUGAUUGACGCUACAGAGUUCGAGCAAAAGAGCCCGGAGGUUGAAACUACCCUUUCAGCUAACUGGUACCGGUCUCUUCCGACGCCAUUUUUACGUUUCGCGAAAAUGCUCGAAGAACAAAUUAAGAACAGCGCAAUGGGCAAAAUUCGCGGUGGAGGGGCGGAAACUUGCCUUCCUUACGGAAGAUCGAAGUACGCUUCAGCUUAUCAACGGCCGUAUGGUCAAUCUUGGCCUGUGACGCAACGAACUCGUCCGCAUCACCUACACUGUAUGAGUUCCAUUAGGAAAAUGCCUCCAUAAUGUUAUAGGCAAAUCCCAACCCAAAAUCCAAUUACUAAACAAAAUUGCUUCAA